CAGACGGCGGAGAAUGCACAUGCGCUUGCGACAGCAGAAAAAGGAGUUGGGUAUGCUCGCUCUAUUUUCCACCGUUCCCUCCCUGAUUUCAUGAGUCCGUCGCGCGGAGACUUUGAAAAUACAAAUGGAACCGGAGGAAAGUCGAUCUACGACGAAACUUACGAGAAAUUCCAGAUGAAGUAUACGGGCGCGGGAACAUUUUCAAUGGCCAAUGCCGGCCCCCAUAGGAACAAUAGCCAAACUCUUCAUCUGUACCGCAGCGACACCCUCAACGGUAAGCACGUCGUCUUUGGCCGUGCCAUGGACGGCACGCAGUUCGUGUGGCAGAUCGAGGGCAUCGAAACCGGCGCAGGGGAGCGGGCGCUGGCCACUGGCUAA